CUGCGCACCAUUCAGCCACCGUUUGGAGGUAAAAACUUGAACGGAUCGCCGGCGAAAUCGGGACCCCUUACAAAGUAGAGGACGCCGGCGGAGAGUGAGUGGGAAACGAUGGCGCAGUCACUGGAGCUUUUGCUUAUUCAGUUCCUGAUGCCGGACAAUGACGCCAGGAGGCAGGCGGAGGACCAGAUUAAGCGGCUCGCGAAGGAUCCGCAGGUGGUCCCCGCCCUAGUCCACCACCUACGUACUGCAAAGACCCCCAACGUCCGCCAGCUCGCCGCCGUGCUCCUCCGCAAGAAGAUCACCGGCCAUUGGGGCAAACUUACUCCUCAGCUCCGGCAGCUCGUCAAGCAGUCUCUAAUUGAAAGCAUCACUGUGGAACACAGUGCACCAGUUAGACGAGCAAGUGCCAAUGUGGUAAGUAUUAUUGCAAAGUAUGCAGUUCCUGCUGGUGAAUGGCCUGAUCUAUUGCCAUUCUUAUUCCAGUGCAGUCAAAGUCAUCAAGAAGAUCACAGAGAAGUUGGGUUGAUACUUUUUAGCUCAUUAACUGAAACAAUAGGGAGUUCAUUUCAACCAUAUUUCACGGAGCUGCAGUCACUGCUACUUAAAUGCCUUCAAGAUGAAGCUAGCAGCCGUGUUAGAGUUGCUGCGUUGAAGGCAGUUGGAUCUUUUCUAGAGUUCAUCAAUGAUCAGGAUGAAGUGGUUAAGUUCCGCGAAUUCAUUCCCAGUAUAUUGAAUGUCUCAAGGCAGUGUCUUGCUUCUGGUGAUGAGGAUGUUGCCAUACUUGCAUUUGAAAUUUUUGAUGAGUUUAUAGAAUCUCCUGCACCUCUUCUUGGAGAUUCAGUUAAGGCAAUCGUGCAGUUCUCUCUGGAGGUUUGCUCUAGCAUCAAUUUGGAAUCCAACACGCGCCAUCAGGCAAUUCAAAUAAUCUCAUGGCUUGCAAAAUACAAGCACAAUUCUCUGAAGAAGUACAAGCUUGUAACGCCAAUUUUGCAAGUUAUGUGUCCAUUGCUUGCAGAGUCUACUAACAGGGACGAAGAAGACGAUCUUGCUCCAGAUCGAGCUGCUGCAGAAGUUAUUGAUACCGUUGCUAUAGCGCUGCCUAAACACGUUUUCCCUCCUGUUUUUGAGUUUGCCUCUAUGAGUAUCCAAAGUGCCAAUACAAAGUUCAGGGAAGCUUCACUCACAUCUCUGGGUAUUAUAUCAGAGGGUUGUUCGGAGCUCAUGAAAAGUAAUCUGGCCCCCAUUCUUCAGGUUGUAUUAGGGGGCCUCAGAGACCCCGAGCAGAUGGUGAGAGGUGCAGCUUCAUUUGCAAUGGGUCAAUUUGCUGAGCACCUGCAACCUGAGAUAGUUUCUCACUAUGAAAGCGUUCUUCCUUGUAUUUUAAGUGCCAUAGAGGAUGUUUCUGAUGAAGUUAAGGAAAAGUCAUAUUAUGCUCUGGCAUCAUUCUGUGAGAACAUGGGCGAGGAGAUUCUUCCUUUUCUGGAUCCUUUGAUGGUGAAGUUGCUUCAUUGUCUACAAAGUAGCCCCCGUAACUUGCAGGAGACUUGCAUGUCUGCCAUUGGUUCAGUUGCAUCAGCAGCAGAAGAAGCAUUUGUUCCGUAUGCUGAGCGAGUUUUGGAGUUGAUGAAAAAUUUCAUGGUGCUUACCAAUGAUGAAGACCUCUGUUCACGAGCAAGAGCCACUGAAUUGGUUGGUAUAGUUGCAAUGUCAGCUGGAAGAACAAGGAUGGAGUCCAUUUUACCUCCUUUCAUUGAAGCUGCAAUUUCUGGGUUUUCUUUAGAAUUCAGUGAACUUCGGGAGUAUACUCAUGGGUUCUUCAGUAAUGUAGCAGAAAUUUUAGGUGAUGGUUUUGCUCAGUAUCUUCCUCAUGUUGUUCAUUUGGCCUUUUCAUCGUGCAAUCUUGAUGAUGGUUCUGCUGUGGAUGUCGAUGACUCUGAUGGAGAUGAGAAUUUUCAUGGAUUUGGCGGGGUUUCAUCUGAUGAUGAAGCACAUGAUGAAGCACGGGUUCGAAAUAUCAGUAUAAGAACUGGUGUAUUGGAUGAAAAGGCAGCUGCAACUCAAGCCCUUGGCCUAUUUGCUCUACACACAAAGAAGUUCUAUGCGCCAUACUUGGAAGAAACAUUGAGGAUUAUGGUAAAGCAUUCUGCAUACUUCCAUGAGGAUGUUCGUCUGCAGGCAAUUAUUGGUCUUAAACAUGUUUUGACAGCCACUCAUGCAAUUGUCCAAGAUCAUAAUAAAGAUACAGUGAAUGCGAAUGAUGUGCUUGCUACUGUGAUGAGUUUCUAUAUCAAGGCAAUGACUGAUGAUGAUGAUAAGGAAGUUGUUGCUCAAGCUUGCAUAGGCAUUGCUGACAUUAUGAGGGAUUUUGGAUAUGUGACUAUUGAGCCAUAUAUGGAUGAGCUUGUAAAGACAACCUUAGUGCUGCUCAAUGAGCAGUCUGCUUGUCAGGCAUUUGAAUCAGACAGUGAGGAGGAUGAUGACACUGCACACGAUGAAGUGCUUAUGGAUGCUGUUUCUGAUCUCCUUCCUGCGUUUGCCAAGGCAAUGGGUUCUCAUUUUGCUCCUAUAUUUGCAACGCUGUAUGAUCCAUUGAUGAAGUUUGCGAGAGCAACUCGUCCUCCACAAGAUCGGACUAUGGUGGUUGCAAGUCUUGCAGAAGUCGCUCAGCAUAUGGGUGCCCCAAUUGCCAACUAUAUCCAUGCUGUGAUGCCCCUUGUGCUCAAGGAAUUAGCAUCUCCUGAGCCAACAAAUCGUAGGAAUGCUGCUUUUUGUGCCGGGGAAAUGUGCAAAAAUGGUGGCGAAUCUGCUUUGAAAUACUACGGUGAAGUCUUGCGUUGUCUUUACCCUUUAUUGGGAGGAUCUGAGCCAGAUAAUGCAGUUAGAGAUAAUGCUGCUGGUGCAGUAGCAAGGAUGAUCAUGGCACAUCCAGAGUCAAUCCCAUUGAAUCAGGUGUUACCUGUUUUCUUGAAAGUGCUUCCCCUUAAAGAGGAUCUCGAGGAAUCAAUGGCUGUAUAUAGCUGCAUCUGUAGUCUUGUUUUAUCGUCCAACUCCCACAUCCUCUCUUUAGUUCCAGAAAUGGUAAACAUUUUUGCUCAGGUUGCGGUUUCACCUGUUGAAACCCCUGAGGUCAAGGCGCUUGUUGGCAGAUCAUUCUCUCAAUUGUUUAACAUUUAUGGCCACCAAAUGCAACCUCUCUUGGGAAAUCUUUCUCCCGCACAUGCCAAUGCCCUUUCUGCAAUUUCCCCUAAAAGCUGAGGCCAAUUCGAGAACCAGUAAACUAUACACAACUUGGUAUUUAUGUCUUCUAGACAUUAAUUCAGACUCUUAUAGGUUUGAUUUUAUACAGGUAUGCAUUCAUUCAUUUAAGGGAGAAUCACCAUUUAAGUCCUUCGAUUACUCCCAAAUCAUGCCACACAGUCUGUCUUGUUAUUUUGCAGGCUUUGGUAUCCUGUCUCCGGGUUCUCCAUUGUGGGGACUGUCUUGUUUGUCAGUUUUGAUACACUAUUUUUUAUUUUUAUGAUUCAAAUUUUGUUUUUUUCUUGAUGCAAGUUUCUUCAUUCACUCAAGCUGUUUUCUCAGUGCAUUUAUCUAUAGAGUUUUAGGAGUGCGUGUUUGGAAAUGAUUAUAGUUCUAUAAGGGUUGUGUGUAAAAAUCAAAUUUAUGUGUUUUU